UGUUUACAAGUGUUCGACAUGGUAGUAUCGUAUAGUUGGAGCAAAGUGGAGAUUGGAAGAUCAGAGAGAGAGAGAGAGAGAGAGAGAGAGAGAGAGAGAGAAGGCUGCUUAGUCUUUUCGAGCCCUAAGGAAUUCUCUCCUUUAUUUUCGGUUUUCUAUUUUUCCCUCCAUCCCUGUCGACGCUAUGGACUAUCGUACAGCGCAGACCAACAACUGAGGAGAGGCUGAGACGUUGAGCAAACACAUUUUCUAGGAUGCCGUCUUUUGAAGAUUGCUCGAUUUCACUGUGGCCCCCUAGCGAAAACACACGGCAGGUUAUUGUGGAGCGAAUGUCCAAGAAUCUUUCAACUCCAUCCAUAUUUUCUAGGAAGCAUGGCCUUCUAACCAAAGAAGAGGCUGAGGAGAAUGCUAAACAAAUUGAAGAAUCAGCCUUUGCUGCUGCAAAUCAGCACCAUGAGGAGUCAGAUGAUAAUGGCAGUUCUGCAGUGCAACUUUAUGCCAAGGAAUCUAGUAAGCUCAUGCUGGAAGUUCUUAAAAGAGGCCCACAAAUCAAGGAGGAUGAAGGCAGUCUGAUAUCUGACCAAGAUACUGCACCUCAUGCAACAUUAUUUGAUAUAUCUGGAGGUCGUCGGGCCUUUAUUGAGGAAGAGGAGGCAAAGGACCUUUUAAAACCAUUAAUGGAGCCAGGGAAUGCAUACACUAAGAUAUGCUUCAGUAACAGGAGCUUUGGGAUUGGUGCAGCCCACGUUGCAGAACCCAUCUUAGUGUCGCUCAAGAACCAAUUGACGGAUGUAGACCUUUCAGAUUUUGUUGCUGGACGGCCAGAAAUGGAAGCCCUUGAAGUAAUGAAUAUAUUCUCGUCAGCCUUGGAAGGUUGUGUUUUGAAGUCCCUAAACCUCUCAAACAAUGCAAUGGGUGAGAAGGGUGUCAGGGCAUUUGAAAUGCUGUUGAAAUCCCAGAAUAACUUGGAGGAGCUCUAUUUAAUGAACAAUGGCAUUUCCAAGGAAGCUGCUCAAGCAGUAAGUGAAUCGAUUCCUUCCACAGAGAAGCUUAAAGUCCUUCAUUUUCAUAAUAAUAUGACAGGAGACGAGGGUGCAUUUGCUAUUUCUAAGGUCAUUAUGCAUUCUCCUGCAUUGGAGGAUUUCAGAUGCUCCUCUACAAGAGUAGGUUCUGAAGGAGGUAUUGUCCUGGCUGAGGCACUAGGUACAUGUACUCAUUUGAAAAAACUGGAUCUGCAUGACAAUAUGUUUGGUGUUGAUGCUGGAUUUGGCUUGAGUAAAGCUCUUUCAGGACAUACAUCUCUAACUGAGGCUUACCUCAGCUAUCUCAACUUAGAAAAUGAAGGGGCAAUAGCUCUUGCUAAUUCUCUGAAGGAAUCUGCUCCAUUACUUGAAGUAUUGGAGCUGGCUGGGAAUGACAUCACCAUUGAAGCUGCUCCGGCCUUAGCUGCCUGUAUAGCAGCUAAACAGUUCCUUGCUAAGCUUAACUUGGCUGAGAAUGAACUGAAGGACAAGGGUGCUAUUCUGAUCGGAAAAGCACUGGAAGAAGGCCAUGGCCUAUUAGAAGAAGUUGAUUUCAGCACUAAUUCAGUAAGAAGGGCUGGGGCGAGGUCCUUGGCACAAGCUGUAGUAAAUAAGCCUGAGUUUAAGUUGCUGACUAUCAAUGGGAAUUGCAUUUCUGAUGAAGGUAUUGAUGAGGUAAAGGAAAUAUUCAAGAAAUCACCUGAUGUGCUAGGGCCCUUUGAUGAGAAUGAUGAGGAAGGGGGAGAAGGUGGUGAAGAGGAAGAGAUGGGUGAUGAAAAUGGGGAUGAAUUGGAAUCGAAACUUAAACAUCUUGAAGUCAGCAACGAGGAAAAGGAAAUAUUCAAGAAAUCACCUGAUGUGCUAGGGCCCUUUGAUGAGAAUGACGAGGAAGGGGGAGAAAGUGAUGAAGAGGAAGAGAAGGGUGAUGAAAAUGGGGAUGAAUUGGAAUCUAAACUUAAACGUCUUGAAGUCAGCAAUGAGGAAUAGCAGACUAUGAUGGAUUCUGAUAUCAACUUUUAACUUGUUGAAGAGGUUUAAAGGAUUUUUCUUGUGAUAUUUGGAAUUGAUCAGCUCAUUGUAUCCUACUAAUACAGUUACUGAUUCUGUAACUCAACCACUCGAGUCAGUAAUGGGUCAUGUUUUUUUUUUCUCCCCAUUCCAAGAACACUGAUUUAAUUAUUUAUUUUUAUUUCUGAUGUUACUUUAGUGAAUUGGAAUGGAUUUUGUUCUGCUUUUUGCUUAGAUGGUUGAUAUGUUUUGAGAUA